AUGAACUCAACCCUGCUCCCGGAGUUCCUCAGUGACCUGCCAGCAUGUGCGGCUCAAUGCUUCGAAACUGCAAUGAAUGCCAGCUCGUGCGCAACGACAGAUCGAUGGUGCAUUUGUACCGGGCAGAGCAUCUUGGAAACUGCACUGGGGUGCUAUAGUUUGUCUUGCACUCCAAAGCAGAGCCUAUUCUCGACGAACUACACUCGUGCCGCCUGUGGGAUCCAUGAAGAGAGUAAGGCCAGCUUGACGCCUGCACUGGCCGGCUCACUGGGCAUGCUGGCCUUAAUCAUGACCGGCCUGCGCAUGGCUCAACGAACCAUGAUGAAGCGAUCGUUUGGCUGGGACGAUGGGCUAAUAGUGAUGGCCAUGGCCUGUGCUGCGAUACUGAACAUCAUGGCUUUCCCCAGUAAGUGCACUUCCCUCCUGAAACAAGCGAUCACUAAGAAGCCAGUGCAAAAACACGGCCUCGGGACCAACAUCUGGACAAUCCCAUUCGAAGACAUUACUACCCAGCUCAAACUACUUCUCAUCGCCGAGAUCUUUUACAUGCCCGCCGAAGCCUUGACCCAGUUAUCCUUCCUAGCCUUCUACCUCCGCAUCUUCCCUCCCGGCAAUUUCCGAUACAUUGUCUACACCCUCGCUGGCAUCUCAGUCUGCUUCGGAAUCUCCAACACCUUGAUCAUGAUCUUCCAAUGCCUGCCGGUCUCCUACUUCUGGAACAGCUGGUCGGGGGAGGCAACCGGCCACUGCAUCGACAUCAACACCUACUCGUGGUAUCGCGCCGCCAUGCAGAUCGCGAUGGACCUGUCCAUCAUCGCACUACCCAUCUACCCUCUGUCAAAACUCGCGCUGAGCCGUCGAAAGAAGACACUCGUCUUGCUGAUGUUCUGCACGGGAUUCUUGAUCACCGUCGUCAGCUGCCUCCGCCUCCAAUCCCUCAUCCGCUUUUCUAAGUCUGCAAAUAUCAGCAUGGACAACAACCCCGCCAUCUACUGGAGCAUGGUAGAAUGCGACGUCGCGAUCGUGUGCGCCUGCAUGCCCUGUUUGCCUGCACUACUGAAGCCCCUCCUCCCGGCGUGCUUCGGGUCCCGGUACUAUGCCAGCUCGGAUAAUGAACGAACCCCGCCGGUCAAGCUGGAGCGGAUCCGCCGGAAGGAUGAGUUUAGUGUUCUGUCGACGGCGGUGUCGGAGGAUGCGUUGAUGGCGAGUCGGGGGUGA